GGAGGAGGGACCCGGGCGUGCGGGGGGCUGCGGCGGGGAAGAGGCGGCGAGGAGCCCGGUCCGGGGUCACCAUGGGGGUCCUGCCCCUGCCCCUCCCCCUCCUGCUGCUGGCCGCGGGGACCCCGACGUCCGGGCACCUCGACCUGGGCAGGUGUCGCUUCGCCCUGGGCAUGGAGGACGGCUCCAUCCCCGACAGCCGCCUGUCGGCCUCCAGCGCCUGGUCCGACUCCACCGCCGCCCGCCAUGGCCGGCUGGGUCGCAGCGAUGGGGACGGCGCCUGGUGUCCCGCGGGCCCUGUAUUCCCGGAGGAGGAGGAGUUCCUGGAGGUGGACCUGGGUCGGCUGCACGUGGUGACGCUGGUGGGGACACAGGGACGUCACGCCGGUGGCCAUGGCAGGGAGUUCGCCCACGCCUACCGGUUGCGCUACAGCCGUGACCGGCACCGUUGGCUGCGCUGGCGGGACCGAUGGGGUGCUGAGGUGAUCGGGGGUAACGAGGACCCUGAGGGGGUGGUGCUGAAGGACCUGGCCCCCCCGCCGGUGGCGCGGGCGCUGCGCGUCUACCCCCGGGCCCCCCGCGCCAUGAGCGUCUGCCUCCGCCUGGAGCUCUACGGCUGCCCCUGGGACGCCGGGCUCCUGUCCUACACGGCGCCACAGGGACAGGUGAUGGCCCUUGACCCGGCGCCCGUUGUCCUCAACGACUCCACCUACGACGGAUACAGCGUUGGCCCGCUGCAGUUUGGGGGGCUGGGCCAGCUGGCGGACGGGGUGCUGGGGCUGGAUGACUUCAUGCGGAGCCGCGAGCGACGUCUUUGGCCGGGCUAUGACUACGUGGGAUGGCGCCGACCCAACGGCCCCCGACCCCACGUGGAGCUGGAGUUCGAGUUCGAGGGUCUCCGGGCCUUCCGGGCCAUGCAGGUUCACUGCAACAACAUGCACACGCGGGGGGUGAGCAUCUUCGGGGAGGUGGAGUGCCGUUUCAAGAGGAGCCUGGCCACGGCCUGGGAGCCCACCGCGGCCACCCACAGCCUGGCCGGGGCCGUCAAGGACCCCAGUGCCCGCUCGGUCACCGUGCUUCUGGGUGGGCGCCAGGCCCGCUUCAUCCAGUGUCACUUCUUCUUUGCUGGGGAGUGGAUGCUCUUCAGUGAGAUCACCUUCCUCUCAGAUGCGGUGGAAGAGGCGGUGGGCGCCAGUGGGUGGCCCCCAGCCGCCCCCCCUGAGCCCUCGGCAGGGGCCAUGGCCGUCCCUGAGGACCCCUGGCACGGGCACAUGGCCACCAACCUCACUACCCUGGCCGCCCGGGAGCCCAAGCCGGGGCAACCAGUCGCCAAAGCCGACCACAGCCACACGUCCAUCCUGAUUGGCUGCCUGGUGGCCAUCAUCUUGCUCCUAUUGGGCGUCAUCUUCCUCAUCCUCUGGCGACAGUACUGGAAGAAGAUCCUGGGGAAGGCCCAGCGCCGGCCCUCAGAGGACGAGCUGCGGGUGCAGCUCUCAGUGCCAGGUGACACCAUCGUCAUCAACAACGCAACGGGGGCGGCACGAGGUCCCCCCCGCUACGAGCGUAUCCCCCCGGGCGAGGGGGAGUACCAGGAGCCGACACGGCCAAGGCCAUCGCUGCCACCGGCCCCACCUGGACCUGCUGAUCCCACCCCCGCAGCAGCACCCCUUGCCAACCCGGCCUAUCGGCUCCUGCUGGCCACCUACGCCCAGCCAAUGGGAGGGCUCGCUCAGGCCCCACCCGACGGGGCUAAGCCAAUCAAUACGGAUGGUGCAGCGGAGCCCGAGGGGGGGGCGGGGGCCUACGCGGAGGCUGACAUCACCGGAGGCUCCGCCUACGCCGUGGCUGGUCCCGCCCCUGGCCCCUCCCCCGGCCCCGCCCUCCCCACCUUCCCCCGCCGGCGCCUCCGCUUCCGCGAGAAGCUGGGGGAGGGGCAGUUCGGAGAGGUGCUGCUGUGCGAGGUGGAGGAUCCCCAGGCCCUGCCCCCCCUCUCCCGCCCCCCCGACCUGCCCCGGGGGCGGCCGCUGCUCGUCGCCGUCAAGGUCCUGCGCCCCGACGCCACCAAGAACGCCAGGCGGGACUUCCUGCAGGAGGCGCGGACCCUGGGGCGCCUGCGGGACCCCAACAUCGUGCGGUUGCUGGGGGUGUGCGCCGGGCCCGGCCCCCUCUGCAUCAUCACCGAGUACAUGGAGCACGGAGACCUGCACCAGUUCCUGGGGGGGCCCCGCGGCCCCGCCCUCAGCCUGGCCACCCUGCUGCACGUGGGGGCUCAGAUCGCCUCGGGGAUGCGUUUCCUGGCGGGACUGAACUUCGUGCACCGCGACCUGGCCACCCGCAACUGCCUGGUGGGCGACGGCUUCACGGUGAAGGUGGCCGACUUCGGCAUGAGCCGCCACCUCUACGCCGCCGACUACUACCGGGUGCGGGGCCGGGCGCUGCUGCCCAUCCGCUGGAUGGCCUGGGAGUGCAUCCUGAUGGGGACCUUCACCCCGGCCAGCGACGCCUGGGCUUUCGGGGUGACGCUGUGGGAGGUGAUGACGCGGUGCCGCGAGCAGCCCUACGGGCGCCUGAGCGACGAGCAGGUCAUCGCCAACGCCGGGCAUCACUUCCGCGCCCAGGGUCGCCAGGAGUACCUGCCGUGCCCCCCGGGCUGCCCGGCGGCGCUGCACGGGGUGAUGCUGCGCUGCUGGUCCCGCGACGCCGCCGACCGCCCGUCCUUCGGCCUCCUGCACCGGCUGCUGCGCGACCACGCUGGCCUGGCCUGAGCCGCCGCCUCGCCAUCCUCUUCCUCACCGCCAGCAUCCCUCGCCUCUCCUUCAGCCUCCCUCCUCAUCCUCCUCACUGGCCGCAGCCUUCGUCCCUGCUCAUCCUCCUUCUUCAUCCUCCUCCUCUCACUCUUCUUCCCUCUCCUGCUUUAUCGUCGUCAUCGUCCUUCAUCCCUCCUCGUCCUUCUCCUUCGUUCUUCCUCAUCCUCCUUCAUCCCCCCUUCAUCCUCCUCUUCCUCCAUCCUUUCUCGUGCUUCAUCCUCCUUAUAACCCUCCUCCUCCUCCCUCCUUCAGCCUUCCUCCUCUUCCUCCUCUUCCACCUCUUUCUCCUUCAUCUUCCUCCUCAUUCACCGUCCUCCACCUUCAUCCUCCUCCUCCUCCUCCUUCCCUUCCACCUCCUUCAUCUUCACCAUCACCCUCCUUCAUCUUCCUCCUCCCCUCUCCCCCCAACCUCUUCCUCUUCACCCAACACUGGAAGCACCCAACACUACUGACAUGGGACCCCCCCCCCCCAGAUCUAUGGGUGCCCCCCCAACCCCUGGGGACCCCCCCAACCCCUGGGACCCCCCCCAGAUCUAUGGGUGCCCCCCCAACCCCUGGGGACCCCCCCAACCCCUGGGACCCCCCCCCCAGAUCUAUGGGUGCCCCCCAACCCCUGGGAUUCCCCCCCCCAGAUCUAUGGGUGCCCCCCAACCCCUGGGGACCCCCCCAACCUGUG